GGGAAGUUGGUUGACCCUUGAAAUUUAACAAUGCCUUCAAACGACUAUUUUAAAUUUCAUGUUCUCGUCGAAGGGGAUGCGAUCCCCGAAUACACCAAAGAUGGGCAGGCGUACGUAGAAAGCGAUUUAUUCACAUCGUCUUCCUACAUGACCCAGACAGUUGAAGAAGUGCAUAAUGAAUUGGAAGUUCAACAAUGGCCAGUCACACCGUAUCAGGUUGAAAUCACGUCUGCCGACUUUGCACCAGACCGACUCUUCAGGCUGUUUGUUGAUGGAAAACUUGUUGUAUCCAAAGUUCUUGGAAAUGGUCGGUCGUGUCUAAUUAAAGGUUUUCGAGUUGGAAACACAAUCAAAGAAUUCCUUUUUUCUUUGCCAUGCUAUAUGAUAAAUGAGCAUAUAUCUGACUUGCCAAACCCUGAAAAAGUUGGGUUUAUCAUUGUUGAAUGUUGUAAUAUAUCCUAUGGAUCUCCUUCACAUUCAUAUACAAAGCCAUUCCAGUACAAUCAAGCAACAAAGAAAGACGUUCAUAUGAUUACGAAUGGAAAUUACACUUUAGUAACAACUAAGGUUGGUAAAGAAGUUGAAUCUUGGACUGUAAACCCCAAUCGUCAGUCUUAUGGAAGAAUCAUCGCAGGAGACAUCCUGAGUACUCUCUCGGUCAAGUACAUGAUAUCUCAUGAUUUGAUAGAAAUGGGAAUCCAUCUACAAGAUGAAAACGCAAAUAUGGAAGAUGAGAUGGACAGAUACGCUGACGUGCAAACAGAUUUUGAAGCUGAUUUGAUUGUACCACAGCAUACAAAGCUCAAACCAAAAGUCAUUGAUCUUCAUGUGGUGGUGCCAGCUUAUUGUCUUACAGAUGUACAAACACGUAUCAAGCGGGAAGUCUUUACUAUAACAGAGCCGCAACCAGCAAGUGAAAGUGAGGUCAAGUCUGAGGCUAGAAUGGAGGACAUGGAGGUAGAAGAAAUGACCAUUGAAAUACCAGGUGUUCCAGAUAUUGAUGUCAUAGUCAUAGACUGAAAAUGAUUUAUCUGAAAAUCUGAGAUGCAUCCAUCCAUCAGAUAGCUGACUUGUUUCUGCUGAGUGUGAAAUGUGAGCUCUAGUGGGGAAAAUUUGCAUGCUAUCUGAAACACAAACUAACGAACGUUUGGACCAUUUUACCUUGAAUCUUUCAUCAACCCCUUUCUAGUAUCACUAUAUUUGGUGUUCAAAGUGAGAAAUACGUUAAAAAAUAAAACCAAGUAAGCAAUAA